CAUUUAACUCGGAAAAAUAGGGAAAAAACACAUUUUAGCAGUUUGCAAGUCUGCGAAGGACCAACUGGUCGCAGCAUCACCAAAACUCUCCUCUUCCUCCCUAAGUCAAAUUUAGGGUUUUCUUUUCUGGUUUCUUCUGGGUCCAUAACAGAAGACAUGAUGCUGGUGAUUUAGCAAACAAAAGCAAGGGAAAGAGGAACAAAGACUUAAAGAGUCCUAAAAUUCUGGCAAGCCAAAGUUAGGAGAGAAUGGAUUCGGGGCAUGGUGAAAUAAUAGAGAAUGCAGAAGGUGAUAGACUAAGCAACUUGCCAGAUGAUCUUAUUUAUAGAAUCCUAUCUUAUAUUAGCAUUAAACAUGUCGUCCAAACAAGUGCUUUGUCAUCUAGAUGGAGGUAUAUCUGGACUUCAGUGCCUCAUCUCAAUUUCUCAACUACGGAUUUCCGUAGGUUGCCCAGGUUCUCCAAAUUUGUUACACGUCUACUAUCCGGUCGAAACAAUCAAAGCGAAGUGUCUUCUGUCAAUUUCACCUUUCGUGGAAAGGUUAGCCAGGAGUUUGUCCAAAGAAUUUUGGACUAUGCAUUCUCCCACAAUGUCCAACAGCUGAACAUUACUUGCUUGCCUGGCCGCCUGUACUGUCUGGCCGAAUUCCCUCAUUCUCUUUUUAGUUCGCAGUCUCUCAAACAUUUCACUUUCACCGGGCGUAUUCAAACAUGGAACGCGACCGUACCUACUUGGGCGCUGCCAAAUUUAACAACAUUGAAUCUCACAUACUAUUCUGACACAUGGGAUGGUCUUUUCUCCAACUGUGCAAAUUUGAAGAAUCUCACUUUGAAGAGUAGCACAAUUUUGAAUUGUUUCGGCAUAAGUCAUCCUGGCCUAUCUAGUCUAACACUCGAAGACGAUAAAGUGCGUGUCAAUGUGGUUACACCUCAACUCAAGAGUCUCACUAUUAAAAAUUGGCGAGGGAUACAUUUGAUUUCCGCACCCAACCUUUCCUCCUUGCAUUACACAGAUCAUUAUUGUUCUUAUAAGGAUAAUGAUGAUGGUCCUUUGCAGCUUCCUUCUGACCUUCCUCAUCUAGAGAAGGUUGAUAUAAUUAUUACCUCUGACCAUGAUAAUAAGGCAUAUACUCAUAAAAUUGUCCGUCUGCUUCAACAACUUCGUUAUGUCAAAUUUCUUACACUUAGCUUGGAACUUGUCAAGUUUUUUUCUUCAUCGGUGGAACUAUUCUCACAUCAAACAUCUCCGUUUGUCAACUUAAAGAGUUUAAAAAUUUACCCUAGUUAUGUUUCCCCAUAUGACCAAGCACAACAAAAAGUAACUAUGUCUACUGAAGUUAAAGACUAUUUGCUUGGUGGUUCUCCCGGUGCCACCUUCACAAUGGUUUCACAUGAGGAAAUUAGAGUUGUGAAGAAUGUUACAUCAGCUCGAAACCUUAUGAGAAAAUUGCAAGACCAGUUGAAAGAAAAUAUUGAAACAAACACGAGUCAUAUAGAGCUAGACAAGGCACCAGUGGAGAGCCACGUGAAAGCGGCGCGUGAGCAACUGGAUGAUAUGAAAAGAAAAGUUUCAAUGGUGCAGAGGAUUAGUACAUUAUUGACAGAUGUGCCUACAUCCUAUCGGGAUAAGGAUAAGCUGCAAGCAAGGCUUUAUGGUUUGUGCAUACACAUCGACACUAUCAUGAAACAUUUGGACACGAUCGUGAAACAUGUGAAUGAUCAGAUGGAGAUCGAAUGUGAUAACAAGGUUCAUGAAGCUGCCACAUCGUCACAACCGUCUUCAUGAUAAAUAGCUCUUAACCGGCCUGGAGCUAUCUCCCUUUGCAGCAUAUUGGGAUGGCGAAGUUUAAAUUGUCUUGUGCUUUUAUAGACUUGACUUUUCAAGGAUAUGUUUUUUUUUUUUGGUUUGUAAAUCUCUAGUUAUGAUACUUACCUAUCGCCUAUCACGCGAUGUACGGAUUUAAUACUUUUUUGUAAUUAAGUCUACAUUUCCAUGCUGUAAACUUUGAGUUAAUGCCAAAAAAGUUUAAUCCUCUG